AUGAACCAUCACACAUUCCAGUCACCAAGAGAUACCACAAACAUUGACUUUCAGCUUGUUUCUCUUGGCUCCCAUGAUACGGUUGCUACCCCAUCUCUGAUCUCUUCAUUAUCGCAACCUCCCACGUUUCGAAUAGGUGUUCCUUCAAGAGACUCUUCCAGAAUUUCCAAACCAGCAUCUUCAUCAUUAUCUUCCUGCUCUAGUUCAGUUACUCAAUCAUCUCAUUCCUCUAUUUCCUCAUCUUCUUCUUCUUCAGCUCGGUCUUCUCAUCGUAGACAUAAAUCGACAUCGCGGUCACCAACAUCAUCUCCAUUAAACGCCUUAGGAUCUUUUCAAAAUACAUCCCAAACACCGUCGAUGCCACCACAAGUUCUUAAUGCAAACCAAGUUUCUCCGGAGACUGAUCUACCAGAUGACUACGAGCAACGUUUACUUGCUGGCAUGGAACUUGUGCGCAGCGGGGCAAUUUCUAUCCGUGCAGCGGCCAAAAAGGUUCAAGUAAGCCAUGAAACCCUGCGUCGACGAUGUCAAGGUGCGUCAUCUCGGCAAGAGUUUCAUGCCCAGCUUAUGGCUUUAACACCAAAAGAAGAAGAUCUUAUUGAACGCAUGCUUUUCACUUUUGUCACUUAUUCAAACAUUCUUUCUUCCUCGUUUCUUUGUAACCUAGUCAAUAACUUUCGUAAAGUUAAAGCAACCCAAAAAAACCAGCCACCUCCUAAAGAUCUUGGGAUUUCUUGGACUGCAGGUUUUCGUCGUCGUCAUGACAAAGUAUCUGAAAUAAUGGCUAAAUCCAUGAAUCGUGAAAAACCAGGAGCGAACUCGACAUCAGGCUCCUCUUCCUCUCCUUCCUCAGAAACACCUCCAUUACCCCCUUCUUCUUCAAAAUCAGUUUAUGACCAUUGGUUUGAUCUUGUUAUAGAAGCUAUUAAAAAGUACAAAAUAGCUCCUGAAAGCAUGUAUAAUCUUGUCGAAGUGGGAUUUUUAUGCGAUUCAACCAAUCCCAAAUCUUCCAGUUUAGUAAGUGUCAAGCGUGCAGAGUCUCCAAAAUCUUUGGAUUCGUGUACAGUAAUUUCUACAUCUAUGGAAUGUAUAGGAGCAAAUGGAUCUAGUCUUCCACCUCUAUUCUCUGUACAAACCCCUACGGCCGGCCAUAACAUGCUUUCAGGACCAAGUCAAGACUAUGGGCUUCUAUGUGCAACGUCUGAUGGAUGGCCUAACGAUUCUGCCAUGUUUGACUGGCUUGUCAAGAUUUUUGACCCCCAAACGAAACCAAAAAAUGGCGAGUAUAGACUCAUUUUCGUUGAGUCUCAUGCAGUGCUUUUUUCAUCGCAAGUCUUGUUAUUUGCCCUCAAAAAUAAAAUUUUAUUUGCAGUUUUCCCGCAUCAAUCAUCUCACGUUCUUCAGCCUUUUGACUUUGGCGUCCUUACUCAGUUCAGAAAUCAAGUACAUAUGUUGGCAGAAAAGUCUCGCAUAUUUUCGUCACCAAUACCCUCUAUAAACUGGGACUCUUACUUUGGAAUCCUUACUGCUGCUAGGGAAAGGACGUUUAUACGAGAAGCAAUUGUUGCAGGCUGGGAGAAAUGUGGAUUAGCACCCCUCAAUAAGAAUCAGGCUUUGGGUCUUCUUUUCUCCAACACACAUAUACAAUCGGUUUCUUACAGUAAUCAAGUUGGUUACCAUGUCCAUAAUUCAAAGCGUGGAAGUAACGGCACCAGUUGUGGUGGGGGAGGAGAGGGAGAAGCUGCUGUUGUUGCUGUUGCAAGUGCCUCGAAUCGUGAGAACCAGUCUCACAAUCAUUCCAGAAAAUCAAAUGAACGUAGAAACAAGUCAGUGGUAAGUGGUCACACAAACCCUCCCUUGACUGAAAACCAUUCUUUGCUGGUAGAUAUGGAUUUUGUUGUUUCUGGAAGCAUGCCACAAACAGCGACGGCAGUUGUAGCAAUAGCACAACCUACAUCAAAUGCCUUAGGUAUAGCUGCUACUCAUUCACAGGUUCCAGUAGGUCUAUCAGCACCACUUUCAUCUCCUCAUUUGCAACCGUUAAGUCUUGCUGAAAAAAGCACCACAUUACGCGUGAUUAAUGCGACUCAGCAAUGUUUAACUGAGUACUUUGGCAACAGACCGGAGCUCUACUAUGCCAACGGCCGCCGGGCGGAUGUUGAUGAUGCAGAGCGUGCUGGUGCUGUGCUUCAAGGAUUGUGGAGUCGAUUGCUCAAUCUCGAUACUGCAAACAACAACAACAGUAGCUCUCCGCACUCUUUGCCGUAUACUGAUGAUCACUUGUAUACUACGGCCACAACAUAUUCUACUACUACAGGUGCCUUUCCAGUGACAACUUCCAGUUACUCUACUGCGUACACUACAAGUGUGCCGACGUUUCCAUUGACAACGACAACAGAAGCAGUGGCAGGGGCACAGGGAGAGGCAGCAGCGAAUAACAAUGGUUAUUCGAUGCCUUCGGCGUAUCUGCCGGUGAAUAUCAUGGAGAGGGGCUCAAUUUCUGGAAGUGUUCCACCAGAGUCACCCGAAGGUAGUGGUGCGGGAACCACAGCCUCUUCGUCUUCAGGAUACUCUCCAGGAAUUGAUCCUGCAAUGCUUUAUCCAUGA